AUGGGUGCCGUAAUUUCUUUGCCGGUUAGUAUGGCCGGCUCCUUCGUGGCGUCCUGCUUUGGAGGCUGCUGCUCAAACUUAAUGUCCAAGGCAGCAUCUUCAUUAGGGUCUUCCUCCCUGGGGACAAGACUUCUCUACGCCGUUUGGCUUUUAAUUAAUUCAUUGAUAUCAUGGAUAUCAUAUUCGGCGAACAAAUCUAUUCUCUGGCCGGGGAAGACAUGCACUGGGACCGGAGAAUGUGGGUUCUUCACAGUUCAUAGAUUAAAUUUUGCAUUAGGAUGCUUGCAUUUGAUAUUAGCGUCUGUACUAACGGGAGUGAAGUCAACUAAUGAUAUGAGAGCUGCAUUCCAAAAUUCAUGGUGGAGUUUGAAGUUUAUAUUGUAUUUAUGUCUCAUCGUUCUUUCAUUUGUUAUCCCAAACGACUUUUAUAUCUUCUUUUCCAAAUGGGUAUCAGUUCCUAGUGGAGCAAUUUUCAUCCUGGUUGGGCUUAUAUUGUUAGUGGACUUUGCUCAUGAAUGGGCAGAAACAUGUAUUAGUCACGUUGAGUCUGAAGAUGAAGACUCCUCAUUUUGGCAACGGUUUUUGGUUUUAGGAACAACUUCCAUGUACACUGCAUCGAUCAUCAUGACUGUCGUUAUGUAUAUUAUGUUUUGUCACCAGCAGUGUAACAUGAAUCAAACAGCCGUGACAGUUAAUUUGGUAUUAACUGUUAUAACGCUUGUUUUAUCGGUGAAUCCUAAGAUCCAGGAGGCCAACCCUAAAAGUGGGUUGGCACAAAGUAGUAUGGUUUCUGUUUACUGUACUUAUUUAACGAUGAGUGCCAUGUCUUCUGAACCGGAUGACAAAAUGUGUAACCCAUUAGUUAGAUCUAGUGGUACCCGUAAGUUUAGCAUUAUAUUGGGCUCAUUAUUUACUUUUAUUGCUAUUGCUUAUACAACAACAAGAGCGGCUGCUAAUAGUGCAUUUCAAGGCACUAAUACGAAUGGUGCUAUAUAUCUCGGAAACGAUAUCGAGUAUGAGGGAUUGGGUGGUCAGACAAGAAAUCAGUUAAGGUAUGAGGCCAUUAAGCAAGCUGUGGAAGAAGGAUCUUUACCAGAAAGUGCUUUAUAUGAUACGGCCUGGUUAGGAACACCUACCUCUGCUUCAGGCGCUAUAGGUAGCCAAAAUGAUGAUGAAAGAACUGGUACUAAGUACAAUUACACUUUAUUUCACAUCAUAUUUUUUUUGGCAACCCAGUGGAUUGCUAUUUUACUAACAAUCAACGUUACUCAGGAUGAUGUAGGGGAUUUUAUACCGGUGGGAAGAACAUAUUUCUAUUCUUGGGUUAAGAUUGUCAGCGCAUGGAUAUGUUACGCACUUUACGGCUGGACAGUAGUAGCGCCAGCCAUCAUGCCCGACAGAUUCGAUUACGAAAAUUACUACUAA